UCGUGGACCUCCAAUCACUUCUGAGUACCUCUUAAAUGAGGGCGAAAAUGUUCCUGUGUGUGUAUUGUUCUCCAGUCAGUUGCAGCAAUCGGUCACCGUGAGCAGCCACUACGAGGACCUCACCAACCUACUCAGAGGAGAAGUAAGGUUAGGUAUUACUGGCCCAUCGUACCUGAUUGGAGCUGGUGCUAGCUCCACCAACACAGUGGAGCCAGGGAUGGUGUGUAUGUCAAAGAACAACGAAGAAGAUACUGUGAAAGAGGGUACCACACUCUCUGUGCUCAGACUGAACAGCUCUGAGAUAGCUGUGAAGAUUGGUUGUAGGCAAGCGCUGUUCAUUGAGACUGCUAACGAUGUCGUGUUGGCUGAGUUGGUCACUCUGAGUCCAAUGGUGUAUGAGAAUGAGGGUGCGGUUGAGAUGUGCGUGCAGCUGGACCACCUACCAAAGGGAAGUAUCGUCACCGUGGCACUGACAACACAACCUUUGACUGCUACAGAAGAUGAGGACUACCUGUCAUUAACUGCCACCCUAGAGUGGCACUACGACUCCCCCAGCGUGGUACAGUGUGUAAGUGUGCCCAUCAUCAAUGACGAGUGUGUGGAAGAGAAAGAAGAGGUGUUCACCGUCUCUCUGUCCACAGAGCAGGCGUGUGUUCAGUUGGGGGCUAAUCUGACAACUGUUACCAUUCAAGACGAUGAUGUGCUGGUACUUGACUUUAGACCAGUUGGUGUUGUUAGUGAAUCCAAUGGCACGGUGGACACCUGUAUCUAUGUUUGUGAUGGCCAACUGAAGAGAAAUUCCUCCAUCAUUGUCAGCUUCUGGAAUGGAACUGCUCAAUACCCAGCAGACUUCGCCAGGCCUCUUCUAACUGAAAAAGUGGUUCUCAUGCCAAACAACACUGGGUCAGACCUCUGUUUCUCAGUGGAGGUGGUGGAUGACCGUGUGUACGAGGAGUUAGAGUAUCUCCAGGUGGCUCUGUCUACUGAGGAUGAAUGUGUACAGUUUAAGGAAUCAUCUGUUACACUGGAUAUCGUGGACAAUGACUGUGUUAACAUUACCCUAUCCCGUGAGCUGUAUGCUGUAUCUGAGAGUGAUGGUUUUGUGGAGGUAUGCGUGAGUCUGGAGGGAGAGACGGAGGUCACAGUCGAGGCAUCUGUGUUCACCAUAGCAGGAUCUGCUCAAGCUGUGGCUGACUUCACUUUCGGUGACACUGACCUGGGAUCAUCUCUUCUGUUUAGCGGUCCAGGUGAGCAGUGUCUCAACCUCACCAUCCAGAUGGACUCAGCACUGGAGACCAAUGAAGACUUCUAUGUAGUGCUGCUCUCACAGCAACUAGCUGUUAAAGUGCUCCAGAGGUCCGCUCAAGUCAUCAUCUUAGACACACCAAUUGUGACGGUGGCGUUCCAGAAGACCAGACUGGAGUUGCCUGAGGAGGAGUCUGGAGAAGGGACAGUGUUCCAAGUGUGUGUGGAGGUGCUCUCUCCUGGGAUCCUCGAGAGACCAGUGGACGUCUACCUUACUCUGGAGGAGGGUUCCGCUACUGCUGAUGUUGACUACGUGGACACACAAGAGGUAAACACAGUGGGUCUCACCAUCACUACACCCCUCCCCUCUGGUCGACGGAGGCACAACGUCUCACCAUUUGUCCAGUGCACUAAUCUCAGUCUCCUGGCUGACUCCAUUGUGGAGGAUGAUGAGAGCUUCAGUGUGAUUCUGGGACCCUCUGACAAUGGGGUCAGUGUGGACCCCACUCCCCUCACCGUGGUCAUACUGAACAAUGACUUUGCGAAUGUAUCUCUGGAGCUUGCUAAUUACACUGUGGGGGAGGGUGACGGGUACGUGACUGUGUGUGCCUCUCUGGAGGGGGUCCUGGAGAGGAUCAUCAUUGUCAAUAUGACCACCACUGAGGACUCAGCACUUGCCAACAGUGACUACUCUGCUCUCACGGACUACCCUCUUCAGUUCUCUGCAAGUGUGGACACUGCUUGUGUGAAUGUCUCCAUCUUGGAGGAGGACAUCGUUGAGCCUGACCAAGUGUUCCAAAUAUAUCUAGCCAGCUAUGAUCCAGUUAUCCUCACUCCCAACUCAUCAGCCUCUGUGACCAUUCUGGAUAAUGAUGGUGAGUCAAUUCCCAUGGGGUGUCAUGCAUUUACAUACACGUAUAAUUAUUGAUGCACACAAUUAAAG